AUGCACCUCGAUGACCCUGACCUGCUCCACAACAUCAACCGUGUGAUUCGCGAAAUGGGAUUAGUCGGCAAAGCGGUUACAUUUCGGAUGGACCAAGAAGCGGCUCUUGGAGCCCUUGCCGAGAAACUCACCAAGUGCGAUAGCAGCCCUGCCAGCGCAACUUUGAUUGACGUGGUUCCGGGUUACAGGCCCCAGUCGAAGGGAUCGAUUGAGCGGCAGGUUGAAACUAUGAAGCAGGGUUUUUGGUCUGUUUGGUUGGACCUGGAGAAAGAGGUUGCUAAGGUGAAGCAGGAAACGGAAGCCGUUGAGCUUGGGAAGUAUCAGUUACCUUUGGGAGGUUUGCUUUGGCAAGCCUGUGUUUUCUAUGUUGCUAGGUGCUAUAACCUCUGGUGUACUAGCGUCGGGGAUUCGAGCACUAGCAUAGAUCGACUGCAUGAGGAGAUUGUGAACCGAACUCGGACAAGACCGUUCGGGUGUCUGGUUCAAGCUCAGGUCAGUAAGUCCAAGGCGCACCAUGAUAAGUUCAGGGGCGCCCGGACCGUGAAAGCGGUUUAUCUGGGACCGGUGCACGCCAAAGGUGGCGGCAUCUUUGCCGUCCCUAUCGGAAGCAGGGAAAUAGAUAUAUUCCCCGUCGCCAGAAUGAUUCAGGGAGGUGACAUCUACGAUGCCAAGACCCUGGAAGAGCUAUCUUUAGCUAAGCCUCUUCUGCAGGACACUGAGGACCCCGAGAGGCCCAUACUGUUUGAUCCGUUGGAGGCUCCUGGUGAUGAUGCUCCUGAUGAGGGGGCUGGUGUGGGAAUGGAUGAAGAUGGUGAUGAAGAGAUGAUUGAAGAUGAGCUUGCUGACUAUUCUCCGUCGGAAGCGCCUGAGAACCAGGAGGUUGUGAACGAUGAGGGGGAUAUGGAAAUAGACUGGCUCACGAAUCACUAUCUUGAGUCCCUGUUUCGAGGGCCUGACCUGCGAGCCACCUCCACUGCAGUUGCAAAGUCGUUUGAUUUGAAGUUUGGGGGUACGAAGAUAAGGUGUGCUGUUCCUCAGAACGCUGUGUCUGAGACUUCGGGAGAGAAGCUAGAACCCGAUCUUCUUUACGCAUCAAUGAAGCUUGAGUUGGAAGAGUUGGAAUCCUUCAAGGUUGGGGAAGUGAUCCCUGAGCGCGAAGCUCGCCGUCUUGCUAAGGAAAACGGCAGGCGAGUUUUGACUAGCAGGUGGGUCAACACGGUCAAGAAGAAGGGACUGUAUAGAUCUAGGCUAGUCGUGCGGGAUUAUGCCUCUAUGGGAGGCACCACCUUGAGUGAGGGAAUCUACUCUCCUACUACUUCAUUGGAGGGUCUGAGAUUGCUUCUGUCAAUGCUCUGCCGACGUGGCAGUGUGUUGUCCUGCGAUGUCUCGGUAGCGUUCAUGCAUGCUCCCGUAGCGAGGGCAGAAUUCGUAGAGUUGCCGAAUAAUGUGAGCACCCAAGGGACUGGGGAACGAGUUUUCGUCAAAUUGCGUAAAGCGAUGAACGGAUUGCGGUCUGCUCCAUUAUCUUGGUAUUGCGAGUUGGCUGAAUACUUGCGCUCUCAGAACUUCGAAGCAAGUUUGGACCCCACUAUAUUCCGUCGUCUUACGAGGAAGGGUUUGACGAUUGUGUUGUUUUAUUUGGAUGACUUGCUGAUCUAUAGCGAAGAUGAAGCUGAAGGGCGCCGGUUCUACGAGGAGUUGCGUAAAAGAUACAAACUGAAACUUACGGGCGAGUUGAUUCAAGAUUGCCCCGGGGAAGAGUACGGAAUCACCAAACCUGCACCAAAGCUCCCUUCCCUUGAACGCCGCUAUGCUGAGUUGCUGAAGAAAGGCCAGACUGAGCUGAUCAGUCCAGCUGCUCACGAAAGGUACAGAAGGACUCUGGGCCGUUUGGCCUGGGCGGCUCUGUCACGACCAGACCUGCAGUUUGUGUGUGGGUUUCUGGGCCGCCACCAAGCAGCUCCUGACGAAGCUGCCGAGACCUGUAUGAGGGAUGUCCUUCGUUGGGUCAAGGGUCUUCCGCACAAGGUCCAGAGGUUUCCGAGCAAAAGGGAGAUCUUGGAAGAUGAUGCGGACCCUGCCUCUGUAUCUUGUUUUACGGACGCGAGCUGGAGUCUGAAUUCGGUAAGCGGCGGGAUCAUUACGUGGGAGAACUGUUCCCUGAAAAGCUUCAGCAGGAAACAAACGACUACCGCACUCUCCAGUGCGGAAGCAGAACUCGCUGCACUCACAGAGGUUGCUCGUGAAGGGUUGUACAUUGCUUUGCUUGUGGAGACCAUCCGCGAGGGUAUGCCGAAAGACAGGGAAACCGGUUAUUAUGUUCUUAAGGGAUAUUCUGAUUCCGAAUCGGCGGUUUGUAUAUCGAAGAUGCAGACCCUCCUGAGGAAAGUGAGGCACAUCGAACUGCGUGCCGCAUUCCUUCAGGAGCUGGUGGCCAGGGGUCGUUUUACUAUAGAACACAUACCGGGAGUGAUAAACCCUGCGGACGCCCUCACGAAGAGUCCCACCAACGAAAGUUUGGCUAGUUUGUACGAUGCCUCUGGCCUUGUGGAUGAACCGAAGGCCUGGGAGAGUGAGCCUACUGAGGUGCACGUGUCUUUUGAAGAGCCCAAUGAAAACGAACGAAAGGCCCUGGAGAAGUGGAGAGCGGCUCUGGCCGUUCACAAGAGGUCCUGGAAAAGGAUCGAGAAGCUGUUGGAGCCUUACGUGGGCUCCCCGAACCUUCUGCUUUCUCACGAGUGGCCUGAGAGGUCAGGACUGUGGGAUGAGACUGUGUUUAAGAGGGUUUCUAAGAAGCUUCGUUUGGAUCAGGGUUGCCUUGUGGAUCGUUGUUGCUUUGAAAAGGGUGACCAACGACCUUGGAAAAGAUGGUGGUUUGUGUCCAACCGCACAGAGUUUGUGUGGGGACUUUCUUCUCAGUGCUCUGAGGGACACGGCCACUACUACCUUCCUCUUCCUGAGUCAGGUGUGUAUCCAGCGGGUUUAGGAUUCGCUCUCCUGAAGAACGCGAAGAAGACUUUUGAGGAGAAGUGA